CCUCCCCCUCCUCGCCCCCCCGGCUUCCCACCACGGCCGCUCUCGGCGAGGAAACUCUGGCCUCCGCUUCCUCCUCCUCCGACUCGGACACCGGCGGAGCGUCCCCGCCCCCGCGGAAGAAAGCCCGGGCCUCCCCGGCGGCGGCGGUGGAGGGAGCAGGAGAGCCCGGGGCUUCCGCGGGCAGAGCAGGCCUCACCUCGUCCCAGUCCCCGUCGCUCCCCGCCGGGCUCGGCCCCGCCGCCGCCCCGCUCCGCGGCAGCAGCAGCAGCAGCAGCGGCGGCAGCGCCAUGCAGGCCAACGGGGCGGGAGGGGGCCAGCAGCCGCCGCCGCCGGGCGCGGAGCUGGGCUGCCUGGGCGCCCAGAACGGCGAGGCCUCGGCGGGCCCCGCCGCCGGCGAGCAGCUGGCCCACGCCAACGGGCUGCUGCCCGCCGCCGCCGGCCCCGGGCCCGGGCCCGGCCUCGGCGUCAACAACGGCGUCCCGGCCGCCGCCGGGCCCGGCCCCGCCGCCGCCGAGCUGGGCGGCAGCGGCGGCGGCGGCGGCGCCCUGAAGAAGAAGAAGCGGCUCUCGCAGUCGGACGAGGACGUGAUCCGGCUCAUCGGGCAGCACCUCCACGGCCUCGGCCUCAACCAAACUGUUGAUCUUCUCAUGCAAGAGUCAGGAUGUCGUUUAGAACAUCCUUCUGCUACCAAAUUCCGCAAUCAUGUCAUGGAAGGAGAAUGGGAUAAGGCUGAGAACGACCUGAAUGAACUAAAGGCGUUAGUGCAUUCUCCGCAUGCAAUUGUGAGGAUGAAGUUUUUGCUGCUGCAGCAGAAGUACCUGGAAUACCUGGAGGAUGGCAAGGUCCUGGAGGCACUUCAAGUUCUACGCUGUGAACUGACACCACUGAAAUAUAAUACAGAACGCAUUCAUGUCCUCAGUGGGUAUCUGAUGUGUAGCCAUGCAGAAGACUUGCGUGCAAAAGCAGAGUGGGAAGGGAAAGGAACAGCUUCCAGAUCUAAGCUUUUGGACAAACUCCAGACAUACCUACCCCCGUCAGUGAUGCUUCCUCCAAGGCGUUUACAGAAUCUGCUUCGUCAGGCUGUGGAACUACAACGGGAUCGGUGCCUAUAUCAUAAUACCAAACUAGAUAAUAACCUAGAUUCUGUCUCGCUGCUUAUAGACCAUGUUUGUAGUAGGAAACAGUUCCCGUGCUACACACAGCAGAUACUUACGGAGCACUGUAAUGAAGUGUGGUUCUGUAAAUUCUCCAAUGAUGGCACUAAACUAGCAACAGGAUCUAAGGACACAACUGUUAUUAUAUGGCAGGUUGAUUCAGAUACUCAUCAGCUAAAACUGCUUAAGACAUUAGAAGGUCAUGCAUAUGGGGUCUCUUAUAUUGCUUGGAGUCCGGAUGACAACUAUCUUGUUGCCUGUGGCCCAGAUGAUUGUUCUGAACUUUGGCUCUGGAAUGUACAAACUGGGGAGCUGAGGACAAAGAUGAGCCAAUCUCAUGAAGACAGUUUAACAAGUGUCGCCUGGAAUCCUGAUGGGAAACGCUUUGUGACAGGAGGUCAGCGGGGACAAUUCUAUCAGUGUGAUUUAGAUGGUAAUCUCCUUGACUCCUGGGAAGGGGUGAGAGUACAAUGCCUUUGGUGCUUGAGUGAUGGGAAAACUGUUCUAGCAUCGGACACACACCAGCGAAUUCGGGGUUAUAACUUUGAGGAUCUUACAGACAGGAACAUAGUACAAGAAGAUCACCCUAUUAUGUCAUUUACUAUUUCAAAAAAUGGCCGUUUAGCUUUGUUAAAUGUAGCAACUCAGGGAGUUCACUUAUGGGACUUACAAGACAGAGUUUUAGUGAGAAAGUAUCAAGGUGUUACACAAGGAUUUUACACAAUUCACUCGUGUUUUGGAGGUCAUAAUGAAGACUUUAUUGCGAGUGGCAGUGAAGAUCACAAAGUAUAUAUUUGGCACAAGCGUAGUGAGCUGCCGAUUGCGGAGCUGACAGGGCACACACGUACUGUUAACUGUGUGAGCUGGAACCCGCAGAUUCCAUCCAUGAUGGCCAGCGCCUCUGAUGAUGGCACUGUUAGAAUAUGGGGACCAGCGCCUUUCGUAGACAACCAGGAUAUUGAAGAGGAAUGCAGUAGCAUGGAUAGUUGAUGGCGAAUUUGGAGCAGACGACUUCAGUUUAACUUAAUUAGUCGUAUUUUAAAUGGCUUGGGAUUUGGUGCAAACAAACAUGAUUGAUAGCUGGACAGACAUGCUCGUCAUGAAAAAGAACCAUUUCUGAAGCCCGAUUGGGGCCAAACAUUUACCACCUUGCUUCAUAGUAACCAGUCGAGAUGAAGCACGUCGUUAGAACGUUGUUGGACACCGUGUUGAAAUUACCCCCCCAUCGGUUGUGAAGAACUGUGCUACAUUCAGGCUAACCAUUGAACUCAGUAUAUAUAUUUUUCCCUCCUGCCUUUUUGUCUGGCAGGCUACUGUUCUUGUUGCUCUUCUGUGUAAUGAAGUUUAAAUGCUUGUUUGGAACACUUUAUUUAACAGUUUAGAAGGCUUGAUAGAAAGAGUGCUUUAGUCUGAAGAGUAUACAUUGGAUAGGAAAGUAUUUCCUUCUCUUGUUUCUCAAAUCUCUCUCCGCCUUACUUAGCUUGAGAUCUUUGCAGCUUGGUUCAUGGAUUCUAGCCUUGCCCGUUGCGCAGUAUAUAUAAAUUGAGAUGAUAAACCAAUGAACUAUGUCAAAAGCACUCUCAAUAUCACAUUUGACAAAAAGUUUUGUACUUUUCACAUAGCUCGUUGCCCUACAGAGGGGUUAACAGCACAAUUUUUUAAAAAUAAAUUAUUUAUAGGAUUAAAAUGACUUCAUUUGUAUACAUUUGGAAUUAAAGCAAUGUAAGAAGUGUUGUGAAAUGCAGUAUCACUGAUGCUCUUUCAGUGUGUCGUAAGAUCCAUCCAAAAGCAGUAGCUGAAGGAGCUUUACAUAGGCAGUGAAACUUGUUCUAGAAAGAGAAAUUCACUGUUCAUCUUAGCAGAAAAACUGUGUUAUUUAGAAGCAAAAGCAUUCAGAGUGCACCACCAAACAGACUUUAAACAGGACAAGGUUUUUUGGUUUGUUUUUUUAAGAUUACAUAAAUACAAGCAACAAUGCUGGUAAAAGGUAGGCUACACCUGGAUGGAAGAGUUAACAUUUUUGAAAGUAGUUAACAUCCAAAUCAUAAUUCAGCACUUGUAUUAUGACUGAAAACUUUAUUUGAUAAACAAAGAUGUAUAGGUUUUCUUUUUGAGAAUAUCCUUUUAAGUUUACAGAUUUAAAUGUCUCUCGUGGACCUUGCUGAAAGUUGGUGCUGUGAACAUCUUGACACAUUUAGGAACAGUUCCACUAAUAUCCCAUGUUUAAAAAGACAAAUAAAUUUUUAACUUAAGUAUUUAUUCUUCUCAGAAUAAAGAGAUGGCCUGGCAUCCCUGUGCUUCUGCACUGCACGCACAUUCAUUAUGGAAUGGUAUUGGACUCCCUCUUCCCGUGUUGAGUUGAAAGGUGGAGUUGGUGCUGCUGUGAAGUAAAAAGGGAGCAAGGAAAGGCAUGUCACCAGGAAUGAUAGCAAGAAAAAGGUGGACUGCAUCCUUAAAUGAGGCAAUAAACUUAGUGUCCUUGUUAGCGAUGUGUGGAAGAAGGGUGGGGGAAGGUUUGCCAGAGUUCCUGGGAAGAGAAGCCUAGCCACUUUGAAUGGGAAUGUGGUGUUUAACAUAAACAGUCCCUUUUUCUCUUUCCUAGGAAAACAAAGUGAAACUUAGCAAGUUAGAUUUUAGAUUCCAGCCAUCAGGUGGGUUUUUUUUUUUUUUUUUUGUUUCCUUGUGUUUAAUUUUAAACAUGGCUUAAGGCUCCAGUAUUCUUGUUGAGACCAGCCCUGAUGCAUUCCCAUCUGCCUUGGUACUUCCAAAAUGAAGAAAGAGCUUCACAUUGUUAUCUUUAAUCUAGUUAAUUCGUCUUGAACAUCUUAAAAUUAAGGUGAAUUUCUUAGCAGCUACCAUCCCACAGGACUGAGUAUACAUGUAUAAACUUAGAACAAGGAACUGAUAUAUAGUUUAUUAGCAGACUUCAGAGAAAAUUGUUUGUUUCUGCUGUUGGCAGCAUUUCUGACAACACAAGAUUAAUCUUGGUCCUGUGGCAUUGAUGUUGCAGCAAAACAGACAGCUUUCCUAACAUCAAAUUCAAGUAAGCUCAACCUUUUGGUUUUAAAUAAACAUUGAAUACCUAAAUUGUAAACAUAGUGCUUUAUGUUCAAAACAUGGUAGAAUUCAUAAGCAGUGUGUAAAUCUUCAAAAAAUACCCCAAUAUACUCUUGCUCUGGAACAUGUUGUAAAACAAAACAUUAUUUAGGGAAAGUGGUGGAGGAGAAUAAUCCUUUUCUUUCUUUUCUUUUUUUUUUUUCUUUUCUUUUUUUUUUUUUUUUGGAUUGUCCUUUAAUGUGGUCUGGCACUACUUGUUCACCCCGUACUCACGGGACUUCAAAGGGAACUUCAGGCAGGUAGUGAACAUUGGGUCAAACCUCAAGCUUAGAUUUAGUCUAAUAUGCACUUGAGCAGGCAUUUUAAUGUGGUGGCCAUACACAAAACAGUGAGACUCUUUAUCUGGUAAAAGCUGUGUGGAAGGAAAUACUAGAGGAUACCUACUUUCCACUGCAGUGAAUUGCAACCAGAAAUUUAAACUUAAUACUUUUGCCAAAAUGCUGCCCCUCUGUUCUGGGGCUUCUCUUCUGGACUUGGUAUGUACCUCUGAAAUACACUUCAGGUAUUCAGAAGCAGAGUUGGGAGAAGCACAUGUUCGGAUAGCUCUGCGUUAAUUCGGUUUUGUGGUGCAACGAUGCGAUAUAAGGGAGAGCUCCCUUAAUCGGACAGGUGGCUCUAUGUCCAGGGUGGCUAAAUGAGAGAGCGUAUUGCAUGGGUAUCUGCUGCUUACAGGUGGUGUGCAGAGAACGAAAGGUGAACCCAGUCUUCAUUUUGCCACAGCACUUGGUCCCACAGUAAACUUGCAUUAUGGAUCCGGUGGUAAUGACUCAUUUUAACUUUGAGAUUAAAGAGGAACUUAAACUAUUUUUAACAUGUGAGAUAUUCACAACAUGUGAACUGAAAAGUACCAAUACUUUUUGCACACAGACUAAAAUGAGACUAUGGGGGAAAAAUUAAUUGCUCAUUUGCAACAUGUCGCUUUCCAUGUGCUUAAAAAUGUUCAUAGGCUGGAGUCUAAGGCUGGAACAAGUACACAUCUGCAAUAAAUUACUGUAUUUCUAGUAAACAGACCUAUGAUUUUAGA